UUACAGCACCUCUGGAUGGGACGAGUCCGUCUCCAACCACACCUGCAGACAGUGAAGGAGAGGACGAUAGUGACGACAGACAGUUGCUGCGCUACAGAGGGCCUUGUCACCUGCCGUAUGCCGCCCUGGCUGUGUGGCUUGAGGUAGGCGGCCGUUCUGCUCGCCAGCGAUCGGACGAAGAGCAUGCCAUCGGUGCCGCCGUCAAGGGCGCCGCUGUCCUCGUAAUCCCUGACGCAUGACAGCAACGCACAGCUGUCCACAAAGUCUCUUUAAUGGCCCUCUGCUGUGGGCCUCGCACACACAGACGCAGAGAAGGCAAGUGCACUGUCGACUCGUCAACAGUGCAUCUCUUCUUACCUGACAAUCAGGUCAUAGCGCUCGUCGUCUGGCGGCUCGAAUGUCAGCAU